ACAUCAUCGCCGCAGGCACGAGGUGGCGCUGCGCUACUCGAGCUCACUCCUCCACGCCGCAGCCAUGGCGACUGCCACCUCGCCGCUCUUCUCCCUCUCCUCCCUCUCCGCCUCCCUCCCUUUCCCUGCCCGGACAGCCCCCGCGUCUCUCUCCCUCCGCGCCUUCUCCCCGCGUGCCCGCCUCUCCGCCUCCUACGCCGCCUUCCCCAUCGGUGGCUUCGGGGCAUGGGCGACGGCGUCGGCGUCGGGGAGGUCGAGGAGGAGGGGACUCGAGGUGGUCUGCGAGGCGACCAAGACCGGGAAGCGGCCGGACUCGGUCAAGAAGAGGGAGCGGCAGAACGACCGGCACCGCAUCCGCAACCAUGCCCGCAAGGCCGAGAUGCGCACCAGGAUGAAGAAGGUUUUGAAAGCCCUGGAAAAGCUGCGGAAGAAACCUGAUGCAACACCUGAAGAUAUCAUUCAAAUAGAGAAAUGGAUUUCUGAGGCAUACAAAGCCAUUGACAAGACAGUGAAGGUUGGCGCCAUGCACAGGAAUACUGGUAAUCAUCGCAAGUCCAUUCUUGCAAGGAGGAAGAAGGCCAUUGAGAUACUCCGUGGUUGGUAUGUUCCAAAUGCUGAACCUGCUGCUACCACCUAGUUUAUUGACAAAUGGUCAUUACGAAUUCGCAGCAGAUUCAUUUUCGGCGUGUCUUGCCAAUUUUGGGCAUUCACAUGUUGUUUAAGGAACUAAAUAGUUUGUUAUACUCUGAUGUGUAUACCUCUAGUCCAUGUUCUGUGUACAUGUGCUUGCCCAGUACUGGAAACGUUUACAUAGAGUUGGGCCAGUGCUUCCCUCCCACUUCUGUUUUCCUUCACAUGAUCACAUCACUGUUGUAAAAUUCCAAAUUGAAAUAUAUUUUCUUUCUAUGGUGAAGAUGUCUUCAAAGCUCAAAGUAAUUCACUCAGUGUUAAGGGUUU